AUGAAGAAGACGAAAAGCUUCUUGUCCUCUAGCUUCGGCCAUGAAGUUAACCGUCUAUUCUCUACUUCUUCAUCUUCUCUAUCCAUGGCGAAAUCUUCUGCAAAUAAUCAUCAACCUCAAACUAAAUCAUAUAUUCACGAACCAAACUUCAAUCCGAUUCACCAUUUCAUUGAUACACUCCUAAAAUGCAAUAACCUUGAGCAAAUCAGACAAGUGCAUGCCCAUAUUACUAUCUACGGUAUGUAUCAUAACCUAAUUGUUGUAAACAAGCUCCUUUACUUAUACGCAUAUUCAAAAUCACUUAAAGACGCUCACGCUCUAUUUGGUGUAAUGAAAGAAAGAGACGCCGUAACUUGGAUUGUCAUGAUUGGUGGUUUUGCAAAGGUUCGUGAUUACUUCAAUUGUUUCAAAACAUUUAGAGAUUACAUUAGAUCAAGAUUAGUUCCUGAUAAUUAUACUUUACCUUCUGUAAUUAGAGCCUGUAGGGAUGAUAAACAUCUUAGAUUUGGAAAGUUGAUUCAUCAAAUCACUUUCAAGUUCGGUUUGCAAAGGGAUGAAUUUAUAGUAGCUGCACUUGUAGAUAUGUAUUCUAAUUGUGAUGUUAUUGAUGAUGCACGCCAACUGUUUGAUAAAAUGCCAAAGAGAGAUUUAACUACUUGGACUGUUAUGGUUAGUGCAUUUGCUAAGUCUGAAAACCCUAGUGAGUCUCUUGUAUUGUUUAAUUCAAUGAUAGAUGAAGGUUUUGUUCUCGAUAAGAUUUCUAUGGUGACGGUUGUUAACGCUUGUGCAAAAACUGGGUCUAUGAAUAAGGCGAGAUUAGUUCAUGAUUAUUUAUUGUGGAGGAAUUUUUCAAUUGAUGUAAUUCUCGGCUCGGCGAUAAUUGAUAUGUAUGCUAAGUGUGGGAAUGUUGACUAUGCUCGGGUGAUAUUCGACGGGAUGAGUCGAAAGAAUGUGACCUCUUUGAUUUAUUUAGUAUAA